AAGUCAACGUGGCAACUGCGCUUUUAUCUGUCAUCUGUCAGUACAGGCGGUGCGAAUCUUAAAAUUUCUUGUUAUUUUGUUAAUAAAAUGAGAAUAUUAAGCGGUUUUUUGGUAUUUUGCUUGAUAAUUACCUGUGGAUACAUUGUGGGGUUAUUAAAAUUCCUAACCGACUAUGAAAUAGAUCAAUGCGAGAUGACUUAUAUGUUCGAAUAUCCGCAAUUUGUGCGGAUAUCUCAUGAAAUUGACAAAAAAUACCCUAAAUAUGAAUUGUAUGCGUACAGCGAAGGUCGGCUUACUGAAAGGGCGAGAAAAAUGGAUUUUACAGGAAUCCCUGUACUUUUUAUACCUGGAAAUCGGGGCUCAUACAAACAAGUGAGGUCCCUAGCAUCUAUAGCUCUGAGGAAAGCUCUAACAAAAAAUGCGCCAUAUCAUUUUGACUAUUUUACCGUGAACUUGAAUGAAGAAUUCAGUGGAAUCAGCGGGGUUCUUUUAAAUGAUCAACUAAAUUAUGUCAACCAUUCAAUUUAUAGGGUUUUGGAUUUAUACAAGGGCAAAAAUGCCCCCACAUCUGUGAUACUUGUUGGACACUCUAUGGGUGGAGUAUUAGCUUAUAAAAUAUUAACAACAUUAGAUAGUGAAUCUAGCCUAAUACCAAUAGUUAUAACAUUAGCUACCCCUCUCAAAAGACCACCAGUAUUAUUUGACCCUCACUUAAACAAAUUUUAUGAAGGCCUUAGUACAAAUAUCCCCGAUAAAUCCACAUUUAUAAGUCUAGCAGGCGGAUUUAGUGACUUUUUGAUCCCAGCCAGUUUAACCAACGUAAAAAAUCAAAGUAUCAUACAAGCUGUGACAACUAAUAUACCUUUAUCUAAUGUGGAAGCAAACCAUGUGCAAAUAUUGUGGUGCAAACAAACUGUUUUGGCUAUAAAUAGAGCUCUUUUUGACAGUGUUGAUCUUAAAACUAAGCAAAUUUCUGAAGAUGUUCUUUACAGAGAUGCUGUUUUCAAACAUCACUUAAUUAAUAAUAGUGGUAUCAAAAUAAGGCAAAUUAAAUCAUACAGCGACAAAUAUAAUAUAAAUCCUCAAGGAUUAUGGACGGCAAUACAAAAUAAACAAUACACUGUGAGUUUGUUGAAGGGAGUCAAACAAAUGCAAUGGUAUAUGGUCCCUUUGAAAGAAAACAAUAUUUUGAGUAUAUUGGCUGUCAAUUUGGAGGUCACUGAUUGGGUGUUUUUAUGCCAAGCCAACUCAGAUGGCAAAUGUACAAACGGUGUACAUUUAUCUCAUAAAUCGCUUAUAGCGCCCUCUGCAAAGUACAAAAGGCGUACUAUAAGAAUAAACAUGCAAGAAUUAUUGAACACAUAUCAGGGAAUGACACAUGUCAUGGUUAGAGUGUUGCCAACCGACGAACCGGUCGUUUUACACUUUGAUAUCUACAAAAAAAUGGAGCGCACCCUAGUAAUAGACUUGCCGAAGGUAUACUCGCUUAAAAAACAGGUUGUAACGGCGAAAACAAAGAAAAAUUCCCUAGAUUUGGAACUAACAGUGCCCGAUUUGCAACACGUCUACCAAUCUUAUAAUUUACUGGUUGAACCGCGUAAAUGCUUGACGGAUUAUCACCACGCGACUGCGCAGUUGAGCGCGCCGUGGGCCAACCAGAACACGCAGCAGCAUUACACGAACGAGAAAAGUGGCGCGUUCAAUGUAAGGUUGCACAGUUCUAGGCCGAAUAAUAAUAAUAAAAUGGCGAGAAUUAAGUUUACUUUAGAUCCGAGUUGUGAAUAUGAAAUUAGUAUACAAGCCAAUAUUAUGGGAAUUUUGGGGCAACUUUCAAGACAUUACAACACCUUACUAUUAACCAACGUUGCCGCAGUGGUUUUGUUGACUUUCAGGACCCAGCUGAAAAAUUUUCAGGACGGCAGUUUUCCGUUGUUUUUUACCGCCAUGGCGGAAGGUUUGAAACCCUACUACACUUUGACAGCUGUCAAAUUACUGUCAAAAUUCUUAAGUAAUCCAUUCAUUGUAAACGUCUUACCAGUCCCCGAUUGGGACAUUCUUAAAGAUGACGGAAUGGAGUUCCUAUUUUUACCGCUCUUACUUUACAUGACAAGCGUUGGUAUUGUGUGGAUUUUGGUCGUAGUUUUUAGCGUUUCUGUAGUGGUAACGGAGUCCAGCAUGAACACAGCCGCCUUAAAGUUCUUGGCCAAAACCGUACGUUUUCCGGUCACCUGGACCGAAUAUUUACUAUCAGCUUUACAUAAACUACCUUUUGUAGUGGCUUGCAUUUUAAUCUUCGUUUCUAUAAGAGCCUGUGGUGGACUGGCGUUGUGUUUGGGGACACUUUUUUAUUUCUUAAAGUUAACGCAAAUGAGUCAAGAUUAUAUCGAGGAAGUGUUCUGGUUUUUCAUCAAGAAUUACGCCAGAAUGUUGAAGAAGGCUAUCGCUAAGAGGUUUAGUAGGAAGAAGAAUGAAGAAAGAAAGAAUUUGUCCAUAGAAAAUGCAGUGGUAAUCAAAAAUGAAGAUACAAAUAUUGUGGAAGAGGUGAAAAAUGAAGUUGUUGAUAAAAAUGAAGAUACUGAUAAGGAACCCAUUGCUAGUACCAGUAAAAUAGAAGAUUUAGAUGAAAAAAUAAAAGAAACUGAAGAAGAUGAAAUAAAAGAACAAAAACCCUCUGAAAUUGAAGAAAUCCCUGAUGAACAAAUAGAGGAACUUGAGGAAAAUGACAGUCAAAUAGUUGGAGAUGAAAACCAAAUAGAGGAGGUGCAAAAUUUGGUUGAAAAUGAAACCGAAAGAAGCAAUAGACAAAUAAAAUUUACUGCUCACAAUACAAUAUUUUUUCAUUCCAGCAUAUUUUUCAUAUGGACUUUAUUAACAUUAGUGAAUGUUCCUAUUGUUUUAACUUGGGCACAUAAUUUUAAGUACAGUAUUUUCCUCACUCCUGACCCAUCAUUUUUGCCUGGUAUGGUACUUAGUAUUUGCGCAUUUCCCUUGUGGCAAAUGGACUUACCGAAAAGAAAGCGCUGGAAUAAAGAAGUUUCGGAAAUAAUUUUAGGUAUAACAGGUUUAGUUUUAAUAUAUGCACCCAUAUCAAUUUACAGACUGAAUUAUUUUUUAACAUUUGUUAUUGUUCUUGUACUUUUACACCAAAUUUUUGCUCCCAAUGAAUUAAUUGAGGAAGAAAAUGAAAGUAAAAAUAAUAUUGAAGAAAAAUAUGAGAAUGUUAAAGCAAAGCUAGAUUAAUGUUUUUUUUUGUUAAUUUAUUUUAUGUAUUUUAUUUCUGUGAUAAUUUUACCAAAAUAAAAGUUUAAUAAAACUAAAUAUGUGUUUGUUUAAUUUUUAUAUUUAAAUUCCAUGCAUUUUUAGAAAAUAAAGAAUUAAUAAACUAUGCUAUAAAAGUAAAACAUGAAUAAAGUAUAAUUUUGUAUGAUCUAAAUAAUUAAUUAAAUUAAACACUAAUGCACAAUUCAAAAUAGUGUAAAAAUUACACUCAUGACAAAAAAUAUAACAUUAAAAUCAGCGCAGUCCCUUUGGGAGAGUCUGUUAGUACAGUCAAUACGUCGUAAAAUCCAAAAAUUCCAAACCAGCCUGGGUUUUGGAUAUGAAAAUUUCAAAAAGAAGUUUUGAAUUAUUUUAUCUUGUUUUCUAGUUCCAAUGCUGUCAGUUAAAUAAAACGUUGAAUAUUAAUUAAUUAUUGCUGGGGUAGAUUCCACACCAUUUUGUAUUUCUUUUGGCAAUUCUAUAGGAUCAUCUUUAAUUUCAUCAAGAUUACAUUCAAUUUCCAUAUCAUCAUCACCAUCAUUUUCACCAUUUUUUUCAUGGACAGUUUCAUGUACUUGCAACUGUUGCUUGGUUCUGAACAAUUUAUGGCAAACUUCACAGGGAUAUUCCUUUAUAUCCAAAUGGAUUUUUUCAUGUAUAUCCAAAGCUUGUUUCCUUCUGAACAUCUUCCCACAGUGACGACAUGAGAACUCCUUUAGAUCCAAAUGAAUCUUAGCAUGAACCUCGAGCGAUUGUUUGGUUCUAAACUCUUUAUUGCAAAAUUCACAGGGGAACUCCCUGAUAUCGAAAUGCAUCUUGUAGUGAGUCUCCAGUGCAGCUUUAUAACCAAAACCUCUCUGGCACAAACUGCAGAUGUGUGGCUUGAUAUCAUUGUGAGAGUUCAUAUGGAUUUGCAGUUGGGGUUUCAACUUGAACUUCUUAUUACAAACAUUGCACUCAAACUGUCUCUCUUCACUGUGAACACACUGUACAUGCGUUUGUAGUUGUUGUUUUAGUUUAAAGGAAGCCUCACAUAUAUCACAUGAAAAUGGACGCUCCCCACUGUGACAUUUUUCAUGCAAGUUUAAGUGUUGUUUGAAAUUGAAUCCUUUACCGCAAACCGAACAUAUAAAUAUUUUGGUAUUGCUAUGCGUUAACUCAUGGUAGCUUAGUUUUUGACGAUUUUCGCAUUCUUUACCACAUGUGGUACAUUGAAAACGCUUUUUGUGCACCAUGGUGUUGUGUCUGCUCAAAUAACUCUCAUUUUUGUAUGUUUUAUCGCAUAAUUCACACCUAACCUCCUUAUUCUCAUAUAACUUGUGCGUUUUUACUUUAUGUUCACUGGUUUCAGCGGCUUCUUCGUUUUCCAUUGUUUCAUUUUUUAUAUCUUCCUCUUUUGUUUUACGUUCUUCACCUAUUUCAAGGAACAUGUGGCUUUUUUCAUGCUCCUUUAACCUUUCCUCGAAAUUAAACGGUUUGUGGCAUCUAGAGCAUUUAAAAUCGAAUUUGUGCACCUUUUUACCAUGCAAAUUCAAAUGAUACUCGUUAUGAAAGUAUUUAUUGCAGCGUUUACAGUGAUAUUCGCUCCAUUCAAGCUCUUUUUUCUUCACUUUCUCAGGCCUUAUGCUCUCCAAAUUGUAGUAAGGAUUCUUAUACUCAUCAUCAUCAUCAUUAAUAAAUGGAAAGACAACCUCUUCAAAGUUGUCGUUUGGUUCUUCUUUAACCUCAAUUUCUAAUUUUCCAUUUCUGUUGCUAACUUGAGUUGUAUUUAGCACUUUAAUGUGGUCUUUCACGUGAUUUUCAGCUGCUUCUUUGCUGGGAAACCCCUCUGAACAUACAGGACAAAUAAAAACCUCACAAUCCUUAUUGGGUUCUUCCAACUCUUCAGUUAUAUUACUUGGGUUGUCUUCUUCAAUUGUUGUCUCUUCUACCUCUUUAGAAACAUUAUCUGUGUUGUUUUCUUCAAUUGCUUCUUCCUCUAAAUUCAUAACUAGUUUUUAACUGCAUACGCGUGGUAGCGUCUUUUUUAAAUCAAUAAUGGCAUUAAUUUAAUGCUGAUUAGACAGACUGCAUUAUGCAUAGAUAAGAUAAGGUAUAUUUUUACAAGUGGUCCAAAAAUUCCUUGUUUCACAUUAUUUGUUACACGUUUUUUCGUGUUUAUUAUUAAUUUUUAUGAAUACAUUUUUGACAGUUUGACGUUUAUCGAUAUCGAAGCAUG